GUAACUGGCCGAGAAUUGCCGAAUCAUCUGUCCUGCCCGGACUGUUGGAAGCGGCCGCAACGCCAUGUUGGCGAAGUGUCUCAUCUCUGUGAGAAAAAAAUGAUAGAAAACAUACUUGCCGAGAAGAAAAGGUAGAUCGCCGAGGGAGGUUGAAGAUCGCGGCGAUUAUUUCGUUUGAAGAAACGAACCGAGCCGGAUCCGCAGAGGUUCCGGACGGGCGAGGGAGGCUAAACCUCCCACCGUCCCCAUGAAUAGCACCGCUGAUCCGAACAGCGACUUUCCAUGAAAAAAAGACGUUUGUGUUGCUAUUCGAGCUUCGUUAUCCCACUUCGUUAAAGGGAUUUGGGGCCUGCUUCAAGAAUCUGCUACGCUUGCUUUAUGUAUGCAAGCUAGGCGCUGUUUGUAUCAGUAUUUAUUAAGGUAUUGUUUUUAUUUGUUGAUUUUUCUGCGAUGAGUUUGCCACCGAAAGUGGUCCCCAAACCCGCCGCUGUCGCAGUUAGCGGACCUGGAAGUGGCCCCUCUCCGUCGAGCCAACUGCGGGCUACCCUGACCUCCGUGUCUCUGCCGCCGGGAGCCCCAACAGCUCCUCAGCCGGGCGCUGUACCGCCACCUCAAAUUCCACGGGUUCAGCCAUCACUGGACGACCGAAUCUUCCCCACACAGCCUGGAGUCGCUGCAGUCUACAGCGUACCCAGGCAUGCUGGCCCUCCUUACACUGCUCAUGACAUCACAAAGGGACACCCUAACUUGGCAGGCACCCCGCCUGGUCAUGCCCACUCCCCGGCUCUCUCUCAGGUAUCAGUACCCACAGCUUCCCCAUAUCGCUACCCUAAGGGCUGGGAGGCAGGCGGAGGGUCUCCAUACAACCCUGGGCAAAAUGCUGGCUCCGCUCCUUUAGUGUAUUCUACCCAGACACAGCCAAUGAAUGCACAGCCACAGAGUCGCCCGUUUGCUACGGGCCCUCGACCAACCCACCAUCAGUUUUUUCAGAGGACUCAGAUGCAGACUGCGAGGCCCACCAUCCCAACGAACACACCCACUAUACGGCCCGGCUCACAGACUCCCACAGCGGCUGUCUACCCCACUAAUCAACCAAUCAUGAUGACCAUGGCUCCCAUGCCUUUCCCUUCUCCACAGACUGCACAGUACUACAUCCCACAGUAUCGCCACAGUACACCCUACGUGGGACCUCCUCAGCAGUAUUCUGUACAGCCCCCGGGGUCUGGCACCUUCUAUCCUGGUCCAGGGCCAGGGGAGUACCCUGCCCCAUAUCCUGGCCCACCCUACUACCCAGGACAGACUGUGUACCCCCCCUCACCCCCUAUCAUAGUGCCUACACCACAGCAACCUCCACCAGCCAAGCGUGAGAAGAAAACAAUCCGUAUCCGUGACCCCAAUCAGGGUGGCAGGGAUAUCACAGAGGAGAUCAUGGCAGGGGGUUCAGGGAGCAGGAAUUCAACACCUCCUGUCGGUCCCCCCUCCUCUACCCCUACCCCUCCACAGCAGCUGAGCAGCAGCCAGACUCCAGAGCAGCAGCAGCCGCAGCCUCAGCCUCCUCAGCCUCCUCAGCAACAACAAGCCCAUCCUGGAGGCUACACGUUGGAGCCACCGCAGCCCCAGCAGCCCCAGCAGCCCCAGCAGCCCCAGCAGCCACAGCAGCCACAGCAGCCGUUGACAACUGGGGCUUCAGACACCAAACCAGGGCCAGAUGAUACGCCAAAAUUGGAGCCAGUUGUCCAGAAGUCUUCCUCACCUGGGCUUGUGCAGCCUGAAGCUCCCUUGGAGAGACUGGAGGCCAACGCUCCUGUAUCUGAGCCCUCUCCUACUGUUGAACCAGAGCUUCCCUUCCCUUCCUCACUGACCGCCCCUGUCACCCUCCCACUUACAGUGGCCAACACCAGUGAACGUCCCUCAGCCAGGGAGUCCACCGCUUCAGCCUCUUCUCCCUCCUCUUCUGUUGGGGAGAGCAAACCCUCUUUGGCACCACCUCAGAUGCCCAACACAGACAAGCCUCUUUCAGACUCCCCACGAACUCUAGCUGCCUCUCCGUCGCUGGCUCCUAAGGCUUUGAACGGCCUUGCAGACUCUGGGACAGAGCUAGACGCCUCAGCUCAUGAGCCUUCUCUUCUGUCCCCAGCUGCACUCCAGCCCCAGGCCUCUACUCCUGCUUACAGAGAGGCCCCCUCCUCCUCUGAAACCUUGCCCUCUGACGUGAGGCCAGAGGUGCCCAUUGCUGCUGCGCUCUCUCCUAUGGCACCUGUGGCUGUGGUGCCUGUCACCCUGACCUCAAGUCCCAUCCCAGCUUUGCCAGUUAUGCUCCCCCCUGGCCUUCCGCCUCUAGUGCAGGCCACAACAGAGGCCGAUGAGCUGAGCAAGUCCUUAGACACUAAAGACCUCAUUCCCAGAGUAGGGACAGAGGUACAUGGUGGCAUUACUGACAGCAAAGCAGAGUCCCAGCAACAGGCACUCACCAGAAAGAGUCCCACUACAGUUAAUCAGACUGCUUCUGCUAUACCAAAGACCUGGAGAAAACCAAAUGAAGGGAUCUCUGCUGGAGACGCACCUCAAAAGGAGGAUGAGGAUGAGCCCAAGCCAGUAGAUCAGCCUACUGGAGACCAGGCCCUGCAGUCAGCGGCUCUGAGCAGCAGCCAGGUGCCUCUACCAUCAGUCUUCACCUCCGCCCCUGCUCCUGCUCCUGCUAGUAGCCCCGAGGCUGACGGAAAGCCCACCACUCCAGAGGAAAAUGGUGAGGCAGAGUUGGAGCCAAUGAGAAACGGAGCAGGCCACACCUCGGAGACGGAGAGCAGCGACAGUGGCGCCACCCCUGGAGACAAGGAAAACUCAACAGGGGCUCCGCAGGACAUGGAAGACCUGACUGAGCCAAGUGGGAAGCGUCAGUAUGACAGGGACUUCCUGUUGGGCUUCCAGUUCAUGCCUGCCUGCAUACAGAAGCCUGAGGGGCUUCCACCGAUCAGUGAUGUGGUGCUGGACAAGAUUAACCAAAACAAGUUGCCAUCUCGAGUGGUAGAUUCCAGAACUAUUUCCAGAGGACCUGAUUUCACACCUGCUUUCGCGGAUUUUGGGAGGCAGAUGACCGGAGGACGAGGCGCUGCACUUCUGAACCUUGGGGCUAGGAGGCCUCCACCCAGGAAGAUCAUCAUGAACGUGUCAGUCAAUGAUGAUGUUCAGCUGAAAAAAUCAGAGAAUGCCUGGAAACCAGGCUUGAAGAGGGAGGGACCCGCAGAGGAUCCAGAGUCACAGAAAACACAGGACCUCUUCAGGAAGGUACGAAGCAUCCUGAACAAGCUGACGCCUCAGAAGUUUAACCAGCUGAUGAAGCAGGUGACAGACCUGACUAUCGACACAGAAGAGAGGCUCAAAGGGGUCAUCGACCUGGUCUUUGAGAAGGCCAUCGAUGAGCCCAGCUUCUCUGUGGCUUAUGGAAACAUGUGCCGCUGCCUCGCCACGCUCAAAGUGCAGAUGACAGACAAACCCAACACCACAGUGAACUUUCGCAAGCUGCUGCUAAACCGCUGCCAGAAGGAGUUUGAGAAAGACAAGGUGGACGAUGUGGUGUUUGAGAGGAAGCAGAAAGAGCUGGACUCUGCUGCAUCGGCGACGGAGCGUGAACGGCUUCAGGAGGAGCUAGAGGAAGCCAAGGACAAGGCUCGACGGCGUUCCAUCGGCAACAUCAAAUUCAUUGGCGAGCUCUUCAAGCUAAAGAUGUUGACGGAGGCCAUCAUGCAUGACUGUGUGGUCAAGCUGCUAAAGAACCACGAUGAGGAAUCUUUGGAGUGUCUGUGCAGGCUGCUCACCACCAUCGGCAAGGACCUUGACUUUGAGAAAGCCAAGCCACGAAUGGAUCAAUAUUUCAAUCAGAUGGAAAAAAUCGUCAAGGAGAGGAAGACGUCAUCUCGGAUACGGUUUAUGUUACAGGACGUUAUAGACCUGAGAUUGCACAACUGGGUGUCCAGGAGAGCCGACCAGGGCCCAAAAACCAUCGAACAGAUCCACAAGGAGGCUAAGAUUGAAGAGCAGGAAGAGCAGAGAAAAGUGCACCAGCAGCUGCUCUCCAAGGACAGCAAGAGACGGCCAGACCCGCGAGAACAAAGAGAGCAGAGAGAUCAGCGUGUGCAGAGAGAGGAGACCUGGAACACUGUGCCUAUGACAAAGAACAGCAGGACCAUCGACCCCACUAAGAUCCCAAAGAUCUCGAAGCCUCAAAUGGAUGAGAAGAUCCAACUGGGCCCACGGGCUCAAGUCACGUGGGUGAAGGGCAGCAGUGGAGGAGCCAAAGCCAGCGACUCGGAAUUGUCACGGACAGCUGGUCUCAACCGUUACUCUGCACUGCAGUCCACACCCUCGCCUCAGCCCUCCACCACACCUCCACAGAAUCCAGACUAUGACUCCAGGAGACCUCUGGGAAGCGGUCGCAGCAGUUCAGGCAGAGAGCGCAGUGAGAAACCCCUGAUCUCAGGCCCGCCGGCGUCACGACCCGGACCCUUCGUCAGGGGAGGCAGUUCAAAAGAGCUGCUGGAAAGUCAAAGCCCAGAGGAGCCACGAAGAGACCGAGAGCGAGAGGGAGCUGAGCCCCGGAGACCGAGUGUCACGGAGGAUAAAGCAGAGCCGGAGCGCAGCAGAGUCAGGGAGCCUGUGAAACCUGAGCCAGUGGUCCAGACCCCAGACAGACCUGCCCUGUCUGAAGAGGAGAUUGAGAGGAAGUCCAAGUCCAUUAUUGACGAGUUCCUGCACAUAAACGAUUACAAGGAGGCUGUCCAGUGUGUGGAUGAGCUCGACUUGGGCUCUCAGCUGAACAUCUUUGUGCACGUUGGGGUGGAGUCGACCCUGGAGCGCAGUCAGAUCACACGGGACCACAUGGGCCAGCUCCUCUUCCAGCUGGUGCAGCAGGGAAUCCUGCCUAAACCCCAGUUCUACAAAGGGUUUGCAGACACGCUGGAGCAAGCGGACGACAUGGCCAUCGACAUUCCCCACAUCUGGCUGUACCUGGCCGAGCUGCUCAGCCCUGUGCGAUAGGAGGGGGGCUUCUCGAUGAGAGAGCUCUUUAGUGAAUUAAGCAAACCUUUGCUUCCUGUGGGAAGAGCCGGGAUCUUAAUUUCUGAAAUACUGCACAUACUAUGCAAACAAAUGAGCCAUAGGACUGUGGGUUCUCUGUGGAGGGAAUCUGGCCUCAACUGGAGCGACGUUCUACCAGAGGGAGAAGAUGUCCAGGCUUUCAUCUCACAACAGAAACUCCAGUUCGUUCAGUCGGACAGCUCCAGUCCUGAGGCGCCUUUGUCUAAAAAGAUCUUGGCCCCCGAGGAGCUGAGCCGACAGCUGGAGAAACUCCUCUUGGAAGACAUGGCCAGUGACGAGCAGAUCUUUGACUGGGUAGAGGCUAACCUAGAUGAAUCUCAGAUGAGCUCGUCUCCCUUCCUGAGGGCUCUGAUGACAGCUGUGUGUAAGGCCGCAGUGAAAGAUGAUAACACCAGCUGUCGAGUGGACACGGCCAUCAUCCAGAGGAGAUUGCCUGUAUUACUCAAGUACCUUAACUCAGACACUGAGCGACAGCUGCAAGCACUUUAUGCACUUCAGGCGCUGAUCGUUGCCCUCGAUCAGCCUCCAAACCUUCUCCGGAUGUUCUUUGACUGUCUGUAUGACGAGGACGUCAUCUCGGAGGACGCUUUCUACAAGUGGGAGACGAGCAAAGACCCUGCCGAGCAGCAGGGUAAAGGCGUGGCCCUCAAGUCUGUCACGGCCUUCUUCACCUGGCUGCGGGAGGCGGAGGAGGAGUCGGAAGACAAUUGACGAGGGAGACACCCGGGGACACGACGUAGUAGAACUGCAUCCUUACAGUAGAACAAACUUUCAAAAUGGGUGCGUGGGCAGGACGACAUGUUUACGGCUGGAAUUUUUUUCUGCGGUACGGUUCUGAAACAUGCCGCCAUUUUGAGUUUGGAUUCCAACGGCGGAAGCACUAAAUACCUGUAUUAUACAUAGAAAAUAUUUUUGUUUUAAAUUUUAACUUACUUUUCUUUUGUUACUUUUUAAGAAGAGACUUAAAAGAUACAUAGGUUCUGGACUCUUUAAUUUAUUAUUUUUUUAAGGACUGCAAAUAUGAAAGUUAUUUAACAUUUGCAGAUGCUCACAAUGAGAACAAGACAACAAAUAACAAUAUAAUUAAUUAUGAUAACAAAAUAAUAAUUGUGAAAUAAAUAGCCUCCCUGGAUUCCACACUGUUUGGUUUAAAACAGGGUAAAGCAAAAUUAUUUUGGGAUGAAGGGGAAGCAGAGAUUUAAAAAAAAAAAAAAGGAGUGAAUGCACAGGAACUAUUAAUGUUGUCCAAGGUCAAAGGUUAUCUUGUAAUAACCACAAAGUGUUUCCCUCAGCCUUGGCUUGCUCUGCGUUGAUUUGUACAUACGCCUCAUGAGAGGUAAAGGUAUGCAUUCAAGAAGCGAUGCAAAGUCAGUCCACAGAACUGUCACACAAACGCAGACGAACAAACCGGAUACAUUCAGAUGACAUGAGCAAAAAUGCAACUUUAAAAAGCAAAUGGCCAGGGUCGCUGAACAUGAAAUGCUUGUAAUACUUAAGACCUACGGAGCAGACUAAAGCUUGUAAAUACAUUAAAGACAAAAAAGGUAUUUAAAAAAAAAAAA